CUCUGAAGCCGCUCUGGUUGCUUUACAGGCCAGAGCGAUGGUGCCCCACGUGGCGCGCAGGUGGACUGGGCAGUUCCUCCGGCAGUGGGCAGGAGUGCCCAGAGCUCUCCUGCUGGCCAGCCCUGGGGGUGCUGAGCGCCCCCGGGUCCUGGAGCGCAGAGCUAGCUCCUCGCCGCCUGCCCCCGAGGUGGCCCUGACCCAGGAGCGCUACCCGGUCCAGCGGCUGCCCUUCUCCACCCUGACCGCUGAUGACCUGGCCACCUUCGAGCACAUUAUCCCGGGCCGUGUGGUCACGGACCCCGAGCAGCUGGAGGCUUCGAAUGUGGACUGGCUGAGAUCGGUCCGAGGGUGCAGCCGGGUGCUGCUGAAGCCCCGCUCCACGGAGGAGGUCUCUCGCAUCCUCAGGCACUGUCACGGGAGGAACCUGGCCGUGAACCCACAGGGGGGCAACACGGGCAUGGUUGGCGGCAGCGUCCCUGUGUUCGACGAGAUCAUCCUCUCCACCACCCUCAUGAACCAGGUCAUCAGCUUCCACGAUGUGUCCGGGACCCUGGUGUGCCAGGCGGGGUGCGUUCUGGAGGAGCUGAGCCGCUACGUGGAGGAGCGUGGCUUCAUCAUGCCCCUGGACUUGGGAGCCAAGGGCAGCUGCCACAUCGGUGGCAACGUGGCGACCAACGCCGGUGGCCUGCGGUUUCUGCGGUACGGCUCUCUGCGGGGGACAGUGCUGGGCCUGGAAGUGGUGCUGGCUGAUGGCACGGUCCUGAACUGCCUGAGCUCCCUGCGCAAGGACAACACGGGCUACGACCUGAAGCAGCUCUUCAUCGGCUCCGAGGGCACCCUCGGGGUGGUCACUGCCGUGUCGGUCAGCUGCCCGCCCAAGCCCAAGGCUGUGAACGUGGCCUUCCUCGGUUGCCCGGGCUUUGCGGAGGUCCUGCAGACUUUCAGCACCUGCAAGGCCAUGCUGGGCGAGAUCCUGUCGGCCUUCGAGUUCAUGGAUGCGGAGUGCAUGCGGCUGGUCUCCCGCCAUCUCCACCUCGCCUGCCCGCUGCAAGAAAGCCCAUUCUACAUCCUUGUGGAGACCUCAGGCUCCAGCACGUCCCACGACACGGAGAAGCUGACCGGCUUCUUGGAGCACGCGCUGGGCUCGGGCCUGCUGACGGACGGCACCGUGGCCACCGAGGAAAGAAAGAUCCGGGCGCUCUGGGCCCUGCGGGAACGCAUCACGGAGGCGCUGAGCCGGGAUGGCUACGUGUACAAGUAUGACCUCUCCCUGCCCGUGGAGCGGCUCUACGACCUGGUCCUGGACCUGCGUGCCCGCCUUGGCUCCUGUGCCCGCCACGUUGUGGGCUACGGCCACCUGGGGGAUGGCAACCUGCACCUCAACGUGACGGCCGAGGCCUUCAGCGCAGAGCUGCUGGGUUCCCUGGAGCCCUACGUGUACGAGUGGACAGCUGGCCAGCGGGGCAGCGUCAGCGCUGAGCACGGGCUGGGCUUCAAGAAGAAGGACGUGCUGGGCUACAGUAAGCCACCCACCGCAGUGCUGCUGAUGCGGCAGCUCAAGGCCCUCCUGGACCCCAAGGGCAUCCUGAACCCCUAUAAGACGCUGCCCGCCCGGGCCUGACGUGCCACCCAGCACGGCUGGGCUUGGCCUCCCCCCUGGGGGCGGAGGGCUCUGUGCCCCUCGGCAGCCUGGAGCUGGUCCCAGAGGUGGCCAGGCCGUAGCUGCUCUCGGGGCCCAGGCAGCCGCCCCCAGCAGAGGACAGCCUUCGGGCCUCUGUGUUCUCCCUCCCCAGACACCAGCUGGCUUGCGCAUGGUGCAUGGCCCGGGAGAACCAUCUUGGGUUUGUGUUCUGACCCAGUUCCGUGUGCUGUGGCGAGGCCCUGGUGGGGCCCCACUUCCUGCCCCUUCAGUGUCUCUGCCUGCCCUUCCUGCUCACCUGGGAGGCGGGGUCUGCCUGGAGU